GGAUAUGCGCGCAUGCUCUUUGUUAGGGGGAGUGAGAGGAGCAUGAAUGGAGCAAAAUGGCGGAUCAUGUGCAGAGCCUAGCCCAGCUAGAGAUCCUGUGCAAGCAGCUGUAUGAGACCACAGACACCACCACCCGCCUGCAGGCUGAGAAGGCCUUGGUUGAGUUCACCAACAGUCCCGACUGCCUGAAUAAAUGCCAACUCCUGCUCGAGAGGGGAAGUUCAUCCUACUCUCAGUUACUGGCUGCCACAUGUCUCUCCAAACUGGUCUCCCGCACGAGCAACCCACUUCCUUUGGAACAGCGCAUAGACAUCCGGAAUUAUGUUCUUAACUACCUGGCGAGUCGGCCAAAGCUUGCUGCCUUUGUGACACAAGCAUUGAUCCAGCUCUAUGCCAGAAUCACCAAGCUUGGGUGGUUUGACUGCCAGAAGGAAGAUUACGUCUUUAGGAAUGUCAUCGUAGAUGUCACACGGUUCCUCCAGGACAGUGUUGAGCACUGCAUCAUUGGAGUAACUAUUCUUUCUCAGCUUACCAAUGAAAUCAAUCAAGCGGAUACAACACAUCCUCUGACUAAGCACCGGAAGAUUGCGUCGUCGUUCCGGGACUCCUCGUUAUUCGACAUUUUCACGCUCUCCUGUAAUCUCCUGAAACAGGCCUCGGGGAAGAACUUGAACUUGAACGAUGAGAGUCAGCACGGGCUGCUCAUGCAGCUGCUCAAGCUGGCCCACAAUUGCCUCAACUUCGACUUCAUCGGCACGUCCACGGAUGAGUCCUCCGACGACCUGUGCACCGUCCAGAUCCCCACCAGCUGGAGAUCAGCUUUUUUGGACUCCUCAACCCUCCAACUGUUUUUUGAUUUGUAUCAUUCCAUCCCUCCUUCCCUUUCUCCUUUGGUUCUGUCAUGUUUAGUUCAGAUUGCAUCAGUCCGGAGGUCACUCUUUAACAAUGCAGAGAGGGCAAAGUUCCUCUCUCAUCUAGUAGAUGGCGUCAAGAGGAUACUGGAAAAUCCACAGAGUCUUUCUGAUCCAAACAAUUACCAUGAAUUCUGUCGACUGCUGGCCAGACUAAAAAGUAACUAUCAGCUUGGCGAGCUGGUAAAAGUAGAAAACUACCCUGAGGUUAUAAGAUUGAUCGCCAAUUUCACAGUCACCAGCUUACAGCACUGGGAGUUUGCCCCCAACAGCGUGCACUACCUGCUGAGCCUGUGGCAGCGGCUGGCGGCCUCUGUGCCCUACGUCAAGGCCACUGAGCCCCACAUGCUGGAGACCUACACUCCAGAAGUGACCAAGGCCUACAUCACCUCACGCCUCGAAUCGGUGCACAUCAUCCUCAGGGAUGGCCUGGAGGACCCACUAGAUGACGCGGGCCUCGUGCAGCAGCAGCUGGACCAGCUGUCCACCAUCGGCCGCUGCGAGUACGAGAAGACGUGCGCGCUGCUGGUGCAGCUCUUCGACCAGUCCGCCCAGUCCUACCAGGAGCUGCUCCAGUCCACCAACUCCAGCACGAUGGACAUCGCCGUUCAGGAAGGCCGACUAACUUGGCUGGUGUACAUUAUUGGGGCGGUGAUUGGAGGCCGGGUUUCCUUUGCCAGUACAGAUGAACAAGAUGCAAUGGAUGGAGAGCUGGUUUGUCGAGUCUUGCAGUUGAUGAACCUGACGGACUCGCGACUGGCACAGGCCGGCAACGAGAAACUGGAGCUGGCCAUGCUCAGUUUCUUUGAGCAGUUCCGCAAAAUCUACAUCGGUGACCAGGUGCAGAAAUCAUCAAAGUUGUACCGGCGCCUCUCCGAAGUCUUGGGGCUUAAUGAUGAGACUAUGGUACUCAGUGUGUUCAUUGGGAAAAUAAUUACCAAUCUGAAGUACUGGGGACAGUGCGAACCGAUCACCUCCAAGACACUACAGCUUCUCAACGACUUAUCUAUUGGGUACAGCAGUGUGAGAAAGCUGGUGAAACUCAGUGCAGUCCAGUUUAUGCUGAAUAACCACACAAGUGAGCACUUUUCCUUUCUGGGUGUAAACAAUCAAUCCAACCUCAGCGAUAUGAGGUGUCGGACAACCUUCUACACAGCCCUCGGUCGCCUGCUUAUGGUAGAUCUAGUAUGUAUGGUUGUGUCUGCUGUAGGGGAGGACGAGGACCAGUUCGAGCAGUUCAUGCUUCCUCUAACUGCGGCGUUUGAAGCCGUCGCAGCAAUGUUCAGCACUAACACUUUCAAUGAACAAGAGGCCAAAAGGACAUUAGUGGGACUGGUUCGAGACUUGCGAGGAAUCGCCUUUGCUUUUAAUGCAAAGACCUGCUUCAUGAUGCUAUUUGACUGGAUCUACCCCUCUUACAUGCCCAUCCUACAGAGGGCGAUAGAGCUCUGGUACCACGUCCCUGCUUGCACCACUCCAGUACUCAAGCUGAUGGCUGAACUCGUCCACAACAGGUCCCAGAGAUUACAGUUUGACGUGUCAUCGCCUAAUGGAAUUCUGUUGUUCAGAGAAACGAGCAAGAUGAUUACGACCUACGGGAACCGUAUCCUGACUCUCGGCGAGGUGCCAAAGGACCAGGUGUACGCGCUGAAGCUGAAGGGCAUCUCCAUCUGCUUCUCUAUGCUCAAGGCCGUGCUCAGCGGCAACUACGUCAACUUUGGCGUCUUCCGUCUCUACGGCGACGACGCCCUGGACAACGCCCUGCAGACCUUCAUCAAGCUUCUCCUCUCCAUCCCACACAGCGACCUGCUUGACUAUCCGAAGCUCAGCCAGUCCUACUACUCGCUGCUGGAGGUGCUCACCCAGGACCACAUGAACUUCAUCGCCAGCCUGGAGCCUCAUGUGGUCAUGUACAUCCUGUCCUCCAUAUCAGAGGGCCUCACUGCACUCGAUACAAUGGUAUGCACAGGAUGUUGCUCCAGUCUAGACCACAUAGUAACGUACCUGUUCAAGCAGCUCUCGCGCAGCACCAAGAAGCGAGCGGCUCCCAUGGCCCAGGAGAGUGACCGCUUCCUGCACAUCAUGCAGCAGCACCCAGAGAUGAUCCAACAGAUGCUGUCAACUGUGCUCAAUAUUAUUAUUUUUGAAGACUGCAGGAAUCAGUGGUCAAUGUCACGGCCACUGCUAGGCUUGAUCCUGCUCAAUGAGAAGGUAGGGUAUUUCGCAGACUUGAGGAACAGCAUUGUGAACAGCCAGCCGCCAGAGAAACAACAGGCCAUGCACUUAUGCUUUGAAAACUUAAUGGAGGGUAUAGAACGAAACCUGCUUACCAAAAACAGAGACAGGUUUACACAGAACCUUUCAGUAUUUAGAAGAGAAGUCAACGACUCCAUGAAGAAUUCCACUUACGGGGUAAACAGCAACGACAUGAUGAGCUGACAUUCCACAGAGCACCAGACCGCGGUGGCGUGGUCGUAAUUCCCCCCCACCCACCCCCCUCCGAGCUCCCGCUCCGCAUCCCUAACCCCCUCCCUGGCCCGGACGCCAGGGUAGGGUCUCCGCUGCGCAAGCCUGCACCUCCCACACCCCAGCCCCUCACCUAGGCACCGGUCCCCUUCCUGCUCCUUCCUCGCUCUUCUCCCCUUUUUAUAUAUUCACAUAUAAAUAUACACAGAUUUUAAAGCCAGUUUUCUCGAGGUCACUCCACUGACCUUCCUCCUGUCAGUCGGGGCUCAAAGUCCAAAGAGAGUUUAGUUGGGGUGGGGGUGGGGGUCGUUGCGGGCUGAAGAGGGGGUGGGGGUGCUCAGAGACACUGGCACAAAACGUAUGAGUGGCUGCUGUUCUUCCAUCUCUCGAGAGAUUUAGGGAGGGUGUGGAUUAUGCGUGCACUUGUUUGUUUGUGUGUGUGUGUGUGUGUGUGUGCGCGUGUGUGUAUGUGUGUUUGGGGAGGGGAGGGGUAUAAGCUGGUAUAUGUAGUGCUCUGCUUCUGCCUGCCUUGUAUAGAAACACACAAAAAAAAAGACGUGUACACAUUUUUUUCAUAACAUUUUGAACAAUGUUUAUAAUGAUUUCAAUUUAAGAAAAAAACAAAGAAAACAAAAACAAAAACGA